CCGGGAUGUGUACACGUGCUGUUUUCAUAGGCAGCCGAGUGUUUUGAGUGUGUAUCUGUGUCUGUGAGAGACUUCGGGGUAAAAGUAAAGCGGCAAAUAUGGGGAAGAAACUAAAGGUCGGAAAGACCCGAAAAGAUAAAUUCUAUCACCUGGCCAAAGAAACAGGUUAUCGCUCUCGUUCCUCCUUCAAACUGAUCCAGCUUAACCGUAAGUUCCAGUUUCUGCAGAAAGCCCGAGCUCUGGUGGACCUGUGCGCUGCUCCUGGAGGGUGGUUACAGGUGGCAUCUAAGUUUAUGCCUGUUUCAAGUCUGAUUAUUGGUGUUGACUUGGUCCCCAUCAAGCCCAUCCCCAAUGUGGUGACACUCCAAGAAGACAUCACCACUGAGAAAUGCAGACAGGCUCUCAGAAAGGAGCUUCAAACUUGGAAAGUGGAUGUUGUGUUAAAUGAUGGCGCCCCAAAUGUGGGAGCUAACUGGCAGCAUGAUGCUUUUUCACAAGCUCAUCUGACCCUCAUGGCUCUGAAGUUGGCUUGUGAGUUUCUGACCAAAGGUGGCACUUUUGUCACCAAGGUUUUUCGCUCCAAAGACUACCAGCCGCUGCUCUGGAUCUUCCAGCAGUUCUUCAAGAAGGUGCAGGCCACCAAACCACAGGCAUCCAGGAAUGAGUCUGCCGAGAUCUUCGUCAUCUGUCAGGGUUUCGUGGCCCCAGACAAAAUCGACAGCAAAUUCUUUGAUCCCAAAUAUGCAUUCAAAGAGGUGGAGGUGCAGGCCAAAACUGUGAGGGAGCUGAUUCCUGUUAAGAAGCCAAAGGCAGAGGGAUAUACGGACGGCAAUCUGACACUCUACCACAGUUUCACACUGACAGAUUUUCUGAAAGCCGACAACCCUGUAGACUUUCUGGGAAAAGCCAGUGAGAUCACCUUUGACAAUCCAGACUUGGAGUCUCACUCAGCCACCAGCAAAGAAAUAAAGGAGUGUUGUCGUGACAUCAAAGUCCUGGGCCGCAAAGAACUCCGCCUGCUGCUGAACUGGAGGUCCAAGCUGAGGAGAUACGUAGCUAAGAAACUGAAAGAGGAGGCUAAACAGUUUGACCAGGAUAUCAGAUUAAGCUCAGAUGAAGAAGGGUGUGAUUCAGAGGAAGAGGCAGGCAAGGAGGAGGACGAGGACAAUGAGGAGGAAGAAAUGGUAAAAAAGCUGGCAGAACUGAAAGCUGAGGAGGUGGCUGAGCUCAAAAGGAAGAAGAGGAAACUGUUGAAGGAGCAGCGAAAGCAGCGAGAGAGAGUGGAGCUGAAGAUGGACCUUCCAGGUGUGUCUAUCGCCUCCACCGAGGACACGUCCUUGUUCUCUCUCGUCUCCAUCAAGAAGCAAAAGGUGUUUGCUGAUAUAUCAAAGGGGGACAUGCAGGCAGCAGACAAUCUGGUAGAUGAAGAUGAUGAUCUUCACCUCUCUGAUGAAGAAAGUGAUGAUGCGGAUAAAAUGUCCCUGGCAUCGGAUUUAGAUGAAGAGGAUCUGGAAGAGGUGGAAAAACGACAAAAAGAGCUGGAAAAGAAAGCACCAAAAAAGAAAGUAAAGUUUAUAGACCAAGAGGAGGAGGAUGAAGAACAGGAGGGUGGCUUGCUGGUGGAGCUCGAGGGAAAGGGGGAGAAGAUGGAGCAACAGGCCAAUCUGUGGUUCAGCAAGGGCAUCUUUUCUGAGAUUGACCUUGAAGGAGACGCAGAGAGCGAGCUCAAACAGACUGAGUGGCUCCAGAACAAACAGUCAGGAAAAGGCAAAAAGAGGAAAGCUGAGGAAGAGGUAAAGGAGGAGGAAGAAGAAGCUGCUCUGCCAAAGGAGGAAGAGGCAGGACCAUCACAGGAAGCUGUGGAGGAUAGUGACAGUGACUCUGAUAACAGCAGCGAUGAUGAAACGGAAAUUACCAGAAUGAAGCAGGCCAGGGGAGCUGGUGGGGUUUCAGGAGAGGUCGACGAUGACGACAACUUUCAGGUUGUUCCUGUCGAAAGUAUCAGUAAGAAAGCUAGGAUCCUGAGUGCAGAAGGCCUGGCAUUAGGUGCUCAGAUUGCUACAUCUAAGAAGAGGACAAGGGACCUGGUGGACGGCUCCUUCCACAGGUUUGCCACCUCUGACGAGCCAUGGGAGGUACCGGAGUGGUUCCUCGAUGAUGAACGUAAACAUCGGAAGAAGCCGGUGCCCGUCACCAAGGAGAUGGUGGAGGAAUACAAAGAAAAAUGGAAAGAGAUCAAUGCUCGGCCAAUCAAACGAGUUGCCGAGGCCAAGGCCAGGAAGAAGAGAAGGAUGUUGAAAAAGAUGGAGCAGGCCAAGAAGAAAGCGGAAGCAGUUGUCAACACAGUGGACAUCUCCGAGAGGGAGAAGAUGGCUCAGCUGAAGAGUAUAUACAAGAAGGCCGGCUUGGGGAAGGAAAAGAGAGAAGUAACAUACGUUGUGAGCAAAAAGGGUGCCGGCAAGAAGGUGAGACGGCCUCCUGGUGUCAAAGGAGUCUUCAAAGUGGUGGACAGUCGCAUGAAGAAAGAUUUGCGGGGAAAACAGAGGAAAGAGCAACCUGCUAAAGGGGGCAAAGGAAAGCGUGGAAAGGGAAGACAGGCUAAGGGUGGCAAAGGAGGGGUGAAGAGUGGUAAAGGGCGAAAAUGAAAAUGCUUUUGAGUCUGUAACACUUUGACAGCCUUUUCUGCCUUUCUGUAUUAAUAUUAAACUCCCUGGACUCAUGUUGCAGCUGAGCAUAUGUGGAGCUUGAUGAGCUGAGAUGCUUCAGUUGGGGCUCCUGCUUCACAGACAAAAAUGAACUUGACACACAUCUCUGUUUUAGCAGCAACCUUUGCUGAAAUCUCUUAAAGCCCUGCAGACUUGAGACAUGUCUGGGAGAUUUACAAUCUUGGUUUUAUGCAUACAUUUUUGUGAGGAUGUAGCUGAACAGCUUAAUUGUAAAUUGCAGUAAAUCAAGUUUAACAAUAAAUGUUUAUCAUUUUGUAAAUACUGAUCUUUGCAAUAAAGUGUUCAAAA